UGUCAUCGAUUUAUUGAUUCUGGGUUCUGGGGUUUUUUUAUCCAGUUUAAAGCUUGGGUUUUUGUUUUUGUUUGGUAAAAAGAUGGUUUUGGGUGUCUUGUGGAUUUUCACAGGAUAGAGUAAUUUAAAGGAGCUUUACGAUUUUCCUUUUUGUGUUGUUUGCAUGGUCAUUGAGGAAAUCUUUAAUUUCACAAGCGGAGGAGCUGCUGAUCGUUGAAUUGAUCAAUUUUUUCUCCAUCUGAUGUGUAUAUCCUCUAGUGUAUGCUUUGUGCUUUUGUUAGACCAUAUUGCAUUGUGUAUAUUGAACAUUUCCCCUUCAAGAACAUGGGGCGGGGGGAUUAAUCUUGAUCGGAAAACAUUAAAAAGAAUAACAGGUUAUUACAAAAGAAUCACUUUUAGCUGCGCAGAGGGAAGAUUUGAGGAGAGUAAUGGAGAUGCUAUCUCUUAGAGAGCACCAUGCUCGGACUUUACUAAUUCAUUACCGAUGGGAUGUUGAGAAGUUGCUUGCCGUACUUGUGGAGAAGGGGAAAGAGGACUUGUUUUCUGAAGCAGGUGUUUCUGUUGUUGACAGUGAGGAUAAAGAAACACCAAUGUCGUCUUCAUCUACAGGAAUGUGUAACAUAUGCAUAGAGGAGUUACCUGGUGGUAAGAUGACGAAAAUGGACUGCGGCCAUGCCUUUUGCAAUGACUGUUGGACAGAACAUUUUGUUGUGAAGAUAAAUGAGGGUCAAAGUAAGCGCAUUAGGUGCAUGGCACACAAGUGCAAUGCUAUUUGUGAUGAAGCUGUUGUCAGAAAUCUAGUUGGUAAAAGGCAUCCUGAUCUAGCAGAGAGAUUUGAUCGUUUUCUUCUUGAGUCAUACAUUGAAGAUAACAGGAUGGUUAAAUGGUGCCCUAGUACUCCUCAUUGUGGAAAUGCAAUACGCAUUGAGGAUGAUGAAUUUUGUGAGGUAGAGUGUUCUUGUGGCUUACAGUUUUGUUUUAGUUGCUUAUGCGAAGCACACUCUCCAUGUUCAUGUACGAUGUGGGAGCUUUGGAUGAAGAAGUGCCGAGAUGAAUCAGAAACAGUCAAUUGGAUCACUGUUCAUACAAAGCCUUGUCCAAAGUGUCACAAACCUGUGGAGAAGAAUGGUGGAUGUAAUCUUGUGAGCUGUAUCUGUGGACAAGCAUUUUGUUGGCUGUGUGGUGGUGCUACUGGGCGGGACCAUACGUGGUCAAGAAUUACUGGUCACAGCUGUGGUCGCUACAUAGAAGACCGUGAAAACAAUACUGAACGAGCAAAGCGAGAUCUCUAUCGUUAUAUGCACUAUCAUAACUGUUAUAAAGCUCAUACAGAUUCAUUUAAGCUUGAGAGUAAACUCAAGGAGACUAUACUGGAUAAGGUAUCAAUAUCAGAAGAAAGGGAAUCGAGACUUAGAGAUUUCAGCUGGGUAAAUAAUGGACUUCUUAGACUUUUCAGGUCAAGGCGGGUUCUUUCAUUUUCAUACCCUUUUGCAUUUUACAUGUUUGGAGAAGAAUUAUUCAAGGAUGAGAUGACAGAUGAGGAAAGGGAAAUUAAACGGCAUCUAUUUGAGGAUCAGCAGCAGCAGCUUGAGGCAAAUGUUGAGAAACUCUCCAAGUUAUUGGAAGAGCCCUUUGAUCAAUAUACCGAUGAUAAAGUUAUGGAGAUACGGAUGCUUGUAAUCAAUCUUUCUGUGAUCAUUGAUAACCUUUGUAAGAAAAUGUAUGAAUGCAUUGAGAAUGAUUUAUUGGGUUCUCUCCAACGAAAUACCCAUAAUAUAGCUCCAUACAAAUCCAAGGGCAUCGAGAAAGCAUCAGAGCUUGCUGUCUGUUCGAAUAGUAAAGCCAGUACUCCUACUGGUAAAUGCCUUCCCCCCAAUUGCGGCACUAGUGGAAAACACAACCGAUCUUUCAGCUUUGGGAAUUCAGAUGACAGUGGUUGCCCAUCAUCGAAGCAACCUAAAAGGGAGAGUUAUGGAGGUGGUUUCUUUGAUCUGAAUUUGCCUGCAGAAGUUCUUGACAGGAAUCGAUCUCUCUAAUAGGCUUUUUCUAGAUAAGUACAUAUGUACAGAUCUAACUAGAGACCUUUCACUUUAUCUAAUGGGGUUUGAUGAUUCUAUGGAUUGAGCAUAGAACCGCGGAAAUGAUUUACUUUCCCUGUUUAGCAUCCCUUUUGUCCAUCUUCUCAAUUUUUUAGAUUUUGGAAGAUCAAUUCUGAAUUUCUUAGGUUCUUUUAUCUUUCAAAGGUUGUGUGAACUGAAAAUCCAUUUAAUGUACAGAAGCCUUAGACUUUUGAAUA